AUGGGCAACAUUUCCAGCAGGCUCGACGAGAGCUCGCCGUUGGUCCUGACUGAUCAGGCGCGAUUCGCCAUAUCCAGCAUCAAUGUCACCAAUUCGAGAGGCCAGACAUUACUACGCCUAUCGCCAAAUGCAUUCCCCGCUACCAGAUAUACCGCCCAGAGAGAAGCACCCGACGAUACCCCGAUUGAGUAUAUACAGGACCCAGAGAGCAUCGCCAACGGCCUCCCUCCCUCCUUCCUCAUUCGCCUUUCCAACAGCGAAGAACUCUACUUCACCUUUACCUUUGUCGUGCGACAACAGAGCUCGUCAACUGCUCCCCCCAAUGCGCCCGCGAACGGGACCACCCCAGCGGUGGUCGACACGCAGAUCUCAGGGCUGACGUGGAUAUUUGCCUCGACGGCGAAAGAGGUGGAGAAUCUGGUGGUGCGAGAGUUCCAUUCAGAUCCAAACUUGCACAAGAAUCCAAAUGUACAGCUCGUGGGCGACUAUGCGACGGCAGGGAGCUCGAGUGUGCAGUCUACCUGGUCGUGGAAAUGGCGACCGCCGAAACAAGCUGAAGAUAGAGGAGGUGGAUGGCGGACAAGCUGCAGUUUUGUCGAGUACAAUCAGCGUGCGCAUCGACUGGACACAUUGGCGAGCUUCAGUUUCUGGGUGCAGAAUACACAGCGAUUCCCUGGAUCGCUGCCAAAGUCACCGCGACUGGACAGAUUAGAGGUCAACCUCCCACCAAGGCUACGAGUGCCAUCGACACAAUCGAUCGAAUCGAGAGUCAGCAAUGUGAGUGAUUCAGAAGGAGAAGGCAGUGGAAGCUACAAGGACUACAAGGAGCCACAAUCGCCAAUGUUUGAUCCCAUACCCGAGAACAGCCUUGGACUCGCACAGACUAUGACCAUGUCUACCACUGGGCCAGUGAAAGUGGAUGUGGCGACCUGCAAACCCGGUGAGGAUCCGUCACUUAACGAGGAUGGACCACUUUUCCGAGCUACAAUGCGGUCCUUGGAGCAGAAGACGGGCAAUAUGCGAAUCAAGAUGAAGCGGGUGCUGAGGACAGCUGAAGCGGCCGAAGCUGCUCAGCAAUCGUGCAACCAAGCAGUCUCGGAUUUCACCCAGGCGUUGAAAGAUGCGGCGAGCUCGAACGCGAAUGCUGUGCAGCCUGCGCUGGAACACUACUUCGAGAAGAUCGCAAAGGAGAUUCUUCACUACGAGAAACAGAAUACUUUCAAUCUGCAGAAGCUGGUCAUCGAUCCCAUCAGUCGGCUGUACAACCUGGAGAUUAAGCAAGCUGACCUCAAGAAGCGCGAAUUUGACGAAGAAAGCAAAGAAUACUACGCCUACGUUGGGAAGUACCUUGGCCAGCGGACCGAAUCGAUGAAGGAGAAGAAGCAAAAAUCAAGCGAUGAGAAGUACCAAGCCAAGCGAAGGACCUUCGAGCUCAAACGUUUCGACUAUUCGAGCUUCAUGCACGAUUUGCACGGCGGUCGAAAAGAUCAAGAAGUACUCUCGCAGCUGACCAAGUACGCCGAUGCGCAGACGAAGAGUUACUUGCAGACUGCAAAGAAGGUUGAGGCACUGGUGCCACAGCUCGACGCUUUGAUCGCUGAAGUCAAGAUCGCAGACCAAGACUUCCAGCUGCUGCGCAAAGAACGGGAAGAGAAGCGACGCAUGCUCGAAACCAGCAAUAAGCUCAUUAGCGAGGACGGCAACGUCAUUCCGCCAGGACUUUCACAUUCUGGCUCAGUUAGAGACUCGUUGCGACCUGCUGAGAGCGAGUCGAGUCGGGCAGUCAGCCUUAGUGGAGCCGCAUCAUUGUCGACUUCGCCGCCAAGUACUGUUGCGCCGCCAGUGCAGGCUCCGGUGAACGGAAUGCUUAGCACUCCUGCCGCUACUACUUCAGCACUGUCCAGCAGUCCUAACGACAAGUUCAAGGGCAUUCGAGAUCUGCAGGAGAACGCGGGAACGAAUACGAACGGCGGCGCCAUGAGAAAGGAAGGACUUCUGUGGGCGCUAAGCAGGCCUGGCAGUCAUGUCGAUCCCAAGGGCAUUGGCAAGCCAGGAUGGCAUAAGUUCUGGAUCGUGCUGGACCAAGGCAGACUCUCAGAAUACGUCAACUGGAAGGAGAAGCUCGAUCUGCACAUGGAGCCUAUUGACCUUCGCAUGGCGUCGGUACGAGAGGCGCGCAAUUCUGAUCGACGGUUCUGUUUCGAAGUCAUCACACCACAGUUCACCCGUGUAUACCAAGCACCAUCUGAGGAAGACAUGAGAUCGUGGAUUGGAGCCAUCAACAACGCACUGCAAAGCGCUUUCGAAAACAAAGAACGGCUGCCAAGCUCGCCAUCACCUGCACAACCCAGUUCACACCGAAAGGAUAUUGCGGCCGUAUUGACUGGGAAGAGUUCUUCGUUCUCGGGGCAUCGUCAGACCUCGAACCCUAACCGGCACGAGGCUGCGAAGGCCGUGAGCAGGUACUCUUCUACAGGCGACAAGCCUGCGUACAAGCGCAACGACAGCAAUACCGAGGGCGAGCCGUCCGCUCUCCUGCAACGCAUUCGCAAUGCCGACGAGGGCAACAAGAUCUGUGCGGACUGUGGCUCAGACAGCAAAGUCGACUGGUGUUCGAUUAACUUGGGCGUGCUGCUCUGCAUCGAGUGCAGUGGGAUCCAUCGUUCGCUUGGCACCCACAUCUCCAAGGUGCGGUCGUUGACACUGGACACGGCUGCGUUUACGCAAGAUAUCAUCGAAGUGCUGCUCCUCAUCGGCAACCGCGUCAGCAACAUGAUCUGGGAGGCCAAACUGGACCGGUUCUUGAAGCCGUCGCCACACUCGACUCGAGAGCAAAGGCUUCAUUUCAUCACGGCCAAGUACAGCGAUCGGACAUAUGUUCAACUCGGACCUGGAACGCAGUUGCCCGAUGACCACCUCCUGACUAGCAUUAAGAAGAACGACAUUCAGAACGUGUUGCAUGCGGUGGCGCUGCGGGCGAAUCCUAAUGCUCAUGACCGGUCACGAAACACGCAUGCGAUCUUCCUCGCGUUGGUUGCUGCAGAUCCUCCAGCGCCUGGUGGCUUCCAUUCUCCUGGGCUGUCGUCUUCGAGCAUACGAGUGCCAUCCGGCCAGACAUCUGCAACAACGCCGCCGAGGCCUUCUAGCCCAAUGCCACGGAAGCCGUUCCCUGUUGCCGAGUUGCUUCUGCAAAAUGGAGCAGAGAUCCCGACCGAGCCUUCACCCUUCCCACUAUCAGACGCCGCAAAGAUGUACAUCGAAUUCAAAAACGACCUUCGAAUGGGCAAGACCUCCGCCAGCGCCGGCAAGGAAGCCAACGGCGACAACCUCUCACCACUCCCAGCAUCCCUCGGCAACGGUCCCUCACCCGUCUUAAAAGACCGCGAACGGCUCCUGAAGCGCAACAGCGGCGGCCGCCCCAAAAGCCGCGCCAGCCUCGCCAGCGACGCCCUCGAAAGCCUAAAGAUGUAG